AUGUGGGGCACCACCACGGACCCGGAUCACAUGGCCAAGGAGCCAGUGGAGGACACAGACCCCAGCACUUUAUCCUUCGCCAUGUCAGACAAGUAUCCCAUUCAAGACACCGGCCUCCCUAAAGCCAAGGAGUGUGAUUCAGUCGUUUCCAACUGUCCACCAAAUUCUGAUGAUCAACAUCAGGAAGAAGAAAAUGACUUUCCAGACAGCACUGGAGAUCCCCUUUCAGGUGUCAGCAGAAACCAGCCAUGUAAGGAAGGCUGCUUGUGCUCCUCCUGUUCACCCCGGGUCCCCACCAUCAGCGACUUGCUCAAUGAUCAGGACUUGCUGGAUGUGAUCAGGAUAAAGCUAGAUCCGUGCCACCCGACCGUGAAGAACUGGAGGAAUUUUGCCAGCAAGUGGGGCAUGCCCUAUGAUGAACUGUGCUUCCUGGAACAGAGGCCCCAGAGCCCCACGCUGGAGUUCUUGUUCCGAAACAGCCAGAGGACUGUGGUCCAGCUGAUGGAGCUCUGCCGACUUUACCACAGGGCUGACGUGGAGAAGAUCCUGCGCAGGUGGGUGGAUGAGGAGUGGCCCCACCGGGGACCCUCGGACAGUUCCAUGCACUUCUAGGAUCCCCUUCUGGCACUGGCCUUUCUGCAGCAGAACCAGCAUG